CCACCACUCCCAAGUCUCGCCUUCCCCAAUCGAUCGCGCCCGCCGAUGCUACGGGCAUCCUGAGAACGUAAUGCCUCCUCGACUGCUCUUUGGAGCCCCGCGAGCCCUUUCUGCACGCCCAGCAGUGGUCGUGCGAGUGCGCCUCGGCCGGAGGUUCGCCUCGGGCUCCGCAAGUGCGCCGGACGUUUACGAUGUUGUCUGCGUGGGUGGUGGCCCGGCCGGACUGAGCUUACUGGCAGGCCUGAAGGCAUCGCCAGUGACGAGAGGGUUGAAGGUGGCUCUCAUUGAGGGUCAGGACAUGCAGAAGAACCGGCUGUCAAAAGAUGCAAGCCUAAGCAGCUUCUCGAAUAGAUGUAGCUCUCUCACACCGGCUUCUGUGCGAAAUCUACAAGAGAUCGGGGCAUGGAAGCACGUAAACGUAGCUCGGGUACAGCCAUACCAGGAGAUGCAGGUAUGGGAUGGCGUCACAGACGCACGUAUAUCCUUCGACUGGGACACGGCGCGCCCACUCCUCUCGCCUCGAAACCCUGCGCAGCCGACCACAAUCGCAUACAUGAUCGAGAACACGAACACCGUCACGAUGCUGUUAAGUCGACUGGAGGAACUGGGCGGCGUGGACAUGUUCACCUCGACCAAAGUGGACUCGAUUGAGCUGGGCACCGAUACGGAGCAGAUGGACCUCACAUCAUGGCCUGUCCUUACAUUGUCGAACGGCAAUACACUGGCAGCGAGGCUGCUUGUAGGAGCAGAUGGCGCAAACAGCCCUGUUCGGACGUUUGCAGAUAUCGAAUCACGAGGAUUCGACUACAACCGCUUUGGCGUGGUAGCGAGCUUGAGCGUCGAAGGGCAAGGCUGGGGGGGUCCAGAGCACAAGAUCGCAUACCAGCGCUUCCUGCCUUCGGGACCUCUGGCACUCCUACCUCUCCCAGGCAACAAGUCGACACUUGUGUGGAGUACAACACCCGAACGUGCUGCUAGGCUCAAGGCACUGGCGCCAGAAGAUUUUGUGGCUAUGGUCAAUGCAGGCUUCAGACUAUCCAUGACCGAUCUCGAGUACCUGCACACCCUCGAGAAGGGACAAGCCGAGGAGGUGGCAUGGCGAGAGAAGCACACACCCGUCAAUGAACGAGGAAUACCGAUGCGCAUCACUGACGUCGAGUCUGGCACCGUUGCUGGCUUUCCUCUCCGCAUGCGCCAUGCCGACACAUACACUGGCGAACGAGUCGCUCUUGUUGGCGACGCAGCCCACACAAUACACCCGCUCGCAGGGCAGGGCCUAAAUCAAGGUCAAGGCGAUGCUGCAGCUCUGGUGAAGACUAUAUCACACGCGGUACGAACUGGUCAGGAUAUUGGCUCCACACUAGCUUUGGAGAGCUACAACAGCGAGCGAUACGCCGAGAACAACGCCAUGCUAGGCGUUUGCGAUAAGCUGCACCGAUUGUACAGCGUUGAGUCUGGACCGCUUGUAGGACUGAGGAGCAUUGGACUGAGGGCAGUAGAUGCCAUGGGCCCGUUGAAGAGCUUCUUUAUGAGCAGAGCAGCAGGUGGAUCGUAGCACGUUGUACUUUAUUUACUGUAUACUUUGACUUGUAUAAAUACCAGCUGCAGCCGGAACACGUCUUGCGCAGUGUAGACCUCAAUUGCAUCAGAUCGCGCC